AUGGCCACUCCCAACGCCAACUUGAACGGCACAAAGGUCAACGUCCUAGUGUACAAUGGCAAUGGAACUACUGUCGAAUCCGUCCGCCACUGCCUCUACACCCUCCGCCGCCUGCUUGCCCCUCAUUAUGCCGUGAUCCCCGUGACGGCCGACAUGCUCAUCAAGGAGCCCUGGACCCUCACUUGCGCUUUACUGGUGAUUCCUGGCGGCGCAGACCUGGGCUACUGCCGUGCUCUCAACGGCGCGGGCAACCGCCGCAUCGAACAAUUCGUGCGCCGCGGAGGCGCCUUUCUCGGCUUCUGCGCGGGCGGAUACUACGGCUGCAAACGCUGCGAGUUCGAGGUCGGUGACAAGACCUUGCAGGUGAUCGGGGAGCGCGAGUUGGCCUUCUUUCCCGGGACCUGUCGCGGCGGCGCAUUCGGCGGGUUUGUCUACCAUAGCGAGAGCGGGGCACGGGCUGCCGAGGUGACGGUCUCGAAGGAAGCGCUGACGGCCGGGAUUGUACCGGCGAGGUUCCGCUCGUAUUACAAUGGAGGUGGUGUCUUCGUGGAUGCGGCGUCGUAUGCAGACAAGGGUGUGGAGGUGCUGGCGGACUACGCGGAGGAAUUGAAUGUCGACGGCGGGUCGGGUGUCGCCGCCGUGGUCUACUGCAAGGUGGGCGAGGGCGCGGCGAUCCUGACCGGACCGCAUCCGGAGUUUGUGCUCCGUUGCAAUUUGGAUGGUGGUUGA